AUGCCAUUUCAUCUUUGUAAUUCAUCAUAUGUAUAUGCGAAAAAUUAUGAAAAAUCUAUGAAUAAUAAUUACAUAUUUCAACGACAAUUAAAUUUACAAUCACGAGAAAAUAAACGAAAAAUUGAAUAUGAACGUAUACAAAAAGAAAAUGUUAAAUUUAGUCAAAAAUUAAUCAAUGCAAAACCUUUUCAUAAUCGUUAUGAACAACAAAUAUUUUUUGAUAAACAUUGUCAAAUUAAACAACAUUUAAAACGUUAUCCAAAUUUAAAUCGAAUUCAAAGAAAAGUUCCAUAUUCUACAAAAGUACUUCCACCAAUUACUGAAAAUACGGAUCUAUUAACAAAAAUACCGAAUACUUCCAACACUGAAAUCGAUUCAUUUAUUAAUAUUAUCGAACAAUCACCAUCAUUAUCUAUUAAAAAUAUGUCUUCAUCUCAAACUUCUUCUUCAAUAUUAGUAUCAAAUUUAUCGAAUCUAUCAAUUUAG